AUGCCAGAACCAGCAGCCCCAAUAAUCAAAACAACAGCCAAACAACCCAAACCAACCCCCCAGCCAACCCGCUUCACAAUCGACUUUAUCCUUACCGUGCUCUCCAAGUCCCUCUUCAACCCAUUCUUAGCAUGGAUUUUGGUCUUGUGCUUGCGCGCACAUGUCACGCCCCAAUCAGAUCCCGCGUGGAUCGCGACGGUGAGCUACGCCUGCGUCUUGACGGUGGUUUUCAUCGCGCGGGGCAUCAAUGAGCGCGUUGCACAUGGGACGCCUCGUACGGUUGAUGAUCGGGAGGUUGUGCUUGUUACGGGUGGGGCGAGUGGGUUGGGAUUGUUGAUCGCUCAGAUUUAUGCGAUGCGCGGGACCAGGGUUGCUGUGUUGGAUAUUAAGGAGAUUGAUGAGGAUGUGAGUGAGGUUUUCGGUGACGAUGUAUUAUACAUCGCGUGUGACGUUGGGGACAGGGGGGCGCUGGAGGGCGCGAAGGAGAAGAUUUCAGAGACGCUGGGAAUGCCGACUAUCAUUAUCAACUGUGCCGCUGCGAGGAUCAACGGUCUUCCGCUGCUUGAGUUGUCGGCUGGCGCAUUCGAGAAGACGAUCAGCACUAAUCUCCUCGCGGCGUUUCAUCUCUUCCAAGUGUUUCUGCCUGGCACCAUUGCUGCCGAGAACGGAGGAACCCUCGUGACCGUUAGCUCUGUGCUGGGCCAUUUGACCGCGGCAGGACUGUCGGACUACGCAGCGAGCAAAGCUGGACUGAGCGCGCUACAUCGAACGAUAGAAGCGGAGUUGCGAGGGUCGCCAGUAAAGACAUUGUUGGUGGAGGUUGGACAGAUGACCACGCCGCUUUUUGACUGGGUUCAGGCACCAAAUAAUUUCUUUGCGCCAGUCUUGGAACCAGUCCAAGUUGCCAGAGAAAUGGUUGCUGCGAUUGAUAGUGGUCGAGGUGGAGUGAUCAGACUGCCUGCAUAUGCAAAGCUCGUGAAUUGGUACGCCGUGUUACCCGCUGCAGUGCAACGGGUUGCGAGGCAUCUGAGUGGAAUCGAUGCUGCAGUGACUCAGAGUCGGCAAGCAUCCCAAAAGUUAGACUGA